ACAGCCGUGUGGGCUCAAGCAGUUUGAGGCACUCGCGCCCGGGCCACCCGUGGACCACCCCGCUGGCAGCGGCAUCCCCAGCCACCCUGCCCGGCAGCCAUGCAGGCGACGGAAGUUGGCAGCAACGGGUAUGCGGCGGUGAGCCUGACGGAGGCCGAGGCGACCGAGGCGGCGCGCGGCGAGCCCUCGCGCCGCAGGACGUGGGCGGCCGCAGCGGCUCUCGCCUGCGCUCUCGCCGCAGCAGCGGCCGCCGCCCAGUCGACCCUCGCCGGGUCGCGUCAGGGGCUCCGUGGCGACACGGCCAGGGCGGUGUCGCUCGGCGAGGCAGCAGGCACCGCCGAGAGGUACUACGACUCUGCCACGGGCAAGUUCAUGGACGCUGCCGGCAACGUGUACGACAGCGCAGUGGGCGGCGCCGCGGGCACCGCCGAGAGGUACUUCGACGCCGCCACGGGGAAGGUCAGGGACGCUGCGGGCAACUUGUACGACGCCACGGACGACUUCGUGGACGCCGCCGGGAACCAUUAUGAUGCUGCCACGGGCAAGUUCAAGGACGCUGCCGGCAACUUGUACGAUACCGCAGCGGACCUCCACGGCGCCGCCAAGGACACUCUGGGCGAUCUCAGUUCUGUCAAAGGCGCUGCCAGCGAUAUGUAUGAUGCCACCGCGGAUGCUGCCAGUGACCUCCACGGCGCCGCCAAGGACGCUGCCAGCAAUUUGUACGACGUCACGGGCGACUUCGUGGACGCCGCUGGGAACCAUUACGAUGCUGCCACGGGCAAGUUCAGGGACGCUGCUGGCAAUUUGUACGAUACCGCAGCGGACCUCCACGGCGCCGCCAAGGACACUCUGGGCGACGCCGCUGACGCAGUCAAGGACGCUGCUGCCUUGGGCAAUCCUCUGACGGCGGCUGGGGAGCACUGGCGGCAAUCCAUGAGGGGCGCCGCAGGCAAAGUGGGCGAUGCGGUCAAGGGCGCUGUAGGCUCCGCGCAGAAGAGUGUAAAGACGGCCGUGGGAAAGAUAACCGGCGCGACUGCGGACACCGUCGACGAUGUGACCGAGAUUGUGGCCGCUGACGGCAUCGGGAGGCACUACGACGCUGCCACGGGCAAGUUCAUGGACGCUGCCGGCAACUUGUACGACAAUGCAGUCGGCGGCGCCGCGAACACCGCUGGGAGGUAUUUCGACGCCGCUACGGGGAAAUUCAAGGACGCUGCUGGCAACUUGUACGACGCCACGGACGACUUCGUGGACGCCGCUGGGGACCACUAUGAUGCUGCCACGGGCAAGUUCAAGGACGCUGCUGGCAACUUAUACGAUACCGCAGCGGACCUCCACGGCGCUUCCAAGGACGCUGCUGGCAAGUUGUACGAUGCCACGGGCGACUUCGUGGACGCCGCCGGGAACCAUUAUGAUGCUGCCACGGGCAAGUUCAAGGACGCUGCCGGCAACUUGUACGAUACCGCAGCGGACCUCCGCGGCGCCGCCAAGGACGCUGCCGGCGACGUCGCUGACGCAGUCAAGGACACUGCCGACACCGUGGGCGACACUCUGGACGCUGUUGGCGACGCCGCUGGAGACACCGUCGACACCGUGGGCGACACUCUGGACGCUGUUGGCGACGCCGCUGGGGACACCGCCGACACCAUGGGCGACAUCAUGGGCGACACUCUGGACGCCGUUGGCGACGCCGCUGGAGAUACCGCCGAGACUGUGGGCGACACCAUGAGCGACUCUCUGGACGCUGUUGGCGACGCCGCUGGAGACGCCGCCGACACCGUGGGCGACACCAUAGGCGACACUCUGGACGCCGUUGGCGACGCCGCUGGGGACACCGCCAGCACCGUUGGCGACACCAUGGGCGACACUCUGGACGCCGUUGGCGACGCCGCUGGGGACACCGUCGACACCAUGGGCGAUGUGCAUGGUGCCGCACGCUAGGGCAGGAGUAGUGCGGUGCCGCCUCCCCACCGCAGCGCUUGGGCGCUAACACAGUGGUGGUGGGCCGGGGCAGUUGCAGAGGAGGCAGGCAGGGGGAUAGCGAGUGCGACUGUGGCGAUGGAUACUCAAUAACAACCGGUUAUUGUCCCUCGAGAGCUGAGAACUUCAGGGCUG